GAAUGAAUGGAAGACGAAGCUGUUGAUGGUUGCAAACUUUGGAUGAAUUUAUUAUUAUUAUAAUAUUUGCGGCAUCAGGGAUUUUGAAAUGGCACUCCUUAGAAGUUGAACUGUGAUAUAACAGCUCAAAAAAGGUAAUGUCAUGGCGUUCCCUCAGCCCAGACCUCAGGCUCCUCAGCUUCCUCGACAUCUGCUCAGGACCAUCGACUGCCAGCAAGGAGCGGUCAGGGCUGUUCGCUUCAACGCUGAUGGGAACUACCUGCUGUCAUGUGGCAGUGACAAAUCUCUAAAGCUGUGGAGUGUGAGCCGAGGGACCCUGCUGAAGACAUACAGCGGCCAUGGAUACGAGGUUCUGGAUGCCGAUGGGUCCUAUGACAACAGUCAGAUUUGCUCCUGCAGCUCCGAUAAGACGGUGAUCCUGUGGGACGUCGCCACAGGCCAGGUCACACGCAAACUCAGAGGUCAUGCUGCGAAAGUCAACUGCGUCCAGUUCAACGAGGAGGGAACGGUCAUCUUGUCCGGGUCCCUAGAUGGGACAGUUCGGUGCUGGGACACCAGGUCCAGAAGAUUUGAGCCCAUCCAGAUUCUGGACGAGGCUCGGGACAGCGUCAGCAGCCUGAAGGUGGCACAACACGAGCUGCUUACCGGGUCAGUGGACGGCAGAGUGAGGCGCUACGACCUGAGAAUGGGACAGCUGCAUGUUGACUUCAUCAGCAGUCCCAUCACAUGUGUGUGUUUCAGUCAGGACGGUCAGUGCUCUCUGAGCUCCAGUCUGGAUUCAACAGUCAGACUGUUGGACAAGAGCACCGGCGAAAUGCUCGGAGAGUACACAGGACACAAGAUGAAGGGCUAUAAGCUGGACUGCUGCCUGUCCAGUAAAGACACCCACGUCCUGAGCUGCUCAGAGGACGGACACGUCUACUGCUGGGACCUGGUGGAAGGAUCUCUGUCUCUGAAGCUGCCUGUGGGGAAAGCCGUUGUCCAGUCGCUGUCCUUUCACCCUACAGAGACCUGCCUCCUCACAGCCAUGGAGGGACGCGUCCAGGUGUGGGGGACGGAGCCAGAGGAGACAGAGGAGGACGCAAUGGCCACGUAGAGACGACAUUACAACAAAACCUGCCAGCAAACUGAUCCUCAGAAUGGCCUCACAAACCAUUGCACGUCUCUACUUUUU